UCGGCUAGAAUGCUAGACGGCGAUGAGUAAAUGUUUGUUUUUGGAAAAUAUAUAAAUUAACCACCACGUAACAAAUACAAUUCAUGUGUAUUUAGUGAAGAUCACACGCAGUAUAUGGUGGACAUUCAUAUGUUGCAUGGUGAUUACAGCGGCGAACAUGGAAGAAUUACUGUCGUACGGAGCAAACAAAAGUAACAAAAAGAAAGUGGAAAUGGAUAAAAUACUGCCGUUUGUUAUCCUGCCGCUUUUGCUGCUUUUAUCCGCGUGGUCACGAGCGACGACUAUAAUCGUCAUGGUAGCUAUAGGUAUGGGAGCCCUCUACGUUCAUUCUAGGCCACGUCAGAAAAAUAGGUCACCGUUCUUCCUCUCCUGGACCCUCUCGUCGGGGAUAUACCUGUUCCUGAUUUUCGAGUUCGGUGUGAUGCGGCUGCUGGAGAUAACGCAAAUGGAAAACUUUGUGUUUCUCUUACUCGUGGCAUGCACUUGUUACUUCUUCUACAAGAUGAAGGCCAUCGCCGACUUUGAACUGGCAACUGGGUCAUCUAAGGGAAAGGAAUAUAGUCCAGUUUUGACUUCAGACUCACAUUAUUGCCAGAUUUGUCAAAUUGAAGUAAAUGAAAGGUUCUUCCAUUCAAUAUGGUGGGACUGCUGUGUGCUCCGACCAAACUACCCGUGCUACCUAGCGGGUCAAAUAUUCGCGUUCGCCACACUGCUGUUCGGGACCAACCUGGCCCUAACUUCCAUAUGCCAGCCGUUCAUACUGAUCGGCACUAUUCUGCUGCCUGAAGACUGCCAGGACGUGUACUAUCAGAUGGAUUUGGCGAUAUGUUUCGCAUCAUCGGUGUACGGGGUGGGGUACCUGCUCAUCAUCACGUUCAUGCUUCUGCAUCAACUGCUGGUUUACAUACCUAAAUACAGCGAACCUCAGUGGCGGAAGAUAGUCAACGUCCUGAAUGUGUGAAACUAACAUAAUAUAUAUAACUGAGAAGCAAUUUACGAGACUGAAUCGUGUAUUUUUAGUUUACUGUAGUGCUAUCAAUGAAUUUAUUGUUCAUUUCUGACUUACAAACGCAGUGUUG